ACCCUUUUCCAUUUAUUUAUUGCUGCUAGCUGUCUUUUUGCUACCAACUAUAGUGAAAUCAGUCUUCAUUCUUCAAGAUUGAAGUCCACAAACUUGAUCUUAACAAUUCUUCUUCUUUUUCUUUUCUCUGAGACUGAAAUCUCUCUGUAGCAACUCUCAUCAUUAAUAGAAGUUUGAGUUUACUUGAAACAACCGCUGAUUGACAUGGAGAACGUCAAGAAAACCACUUCCCAUGCAACUCUUUCAACUCAAUGCAACCCUCCAUCUAAUAAUGAGGAAUUUGUGGGCUUUGAGGAGGAUAUAAAACAGAUAAUUCAGAAAUUGACUGGAGCAACAAAAGAACGGGACGUUAUCUCGAUUGUUGGAAUGGCUGGACUAGGUAAAACGACUUUGGCUAAAAAGGUGUGCAACAGUCAACGUAUUGUUCAUCACUUUGAUGUUCUAGCAUUUUGUACUAUUUCACAAACAUAUAGCAUCACGAAGCUAUUGGUUGAGAUUCUUAAGCAAGUUACAGGUGAAAAGCACGACAUCAAAGGGGAUGAGGACGUCGCUGAUGCGUUGAGGAAGGCACUGUUUGUCAAGAGAUACCUCAUCAUUUUGGAUGAUAUAUGGAACUAUGAAGCAUGGGAAGAUUUGCAAUUAUCUUUCCCUAGUGUGGACAGAGGAAGUAGAAUAAUGGUAACAACUCGAGAUGAAAAGGUGGCAAAGCAUAUUAAACUGUACACCGACCCUUAUUUUCUUCGAUUCCUAACGGAUGAAGAGAGUUGGGAAUUAUUGCAAAAGAAAGUAUUUAAAUGUGAGACCUGUCCAUCGGAGCUACAGGAGGCAGGAUUUGAAGUUGCCAGAAGCUGUAAAGGACUGCCUCUUGUGGUUGUCUUGAAUGCUGGAAUUAUUGCUCAGAAGGAAAGGCAGGUCUCCGUCUGGCAAGAUUUUGCAAAGGAUUUAAGUUCGCAUGGUUUAGAAGAGCAGAGCAUGAAAGCGGUUCAAUCAAGUUAUGACUAUUUAGGGGAUCAUCUAAAGCAUUGCCUUCUUUACAUUGGAUACUUCCCGGAAGACUAUAACAUUCCGGUUUCUGAUUUGCUAAAGUUAUGGAUAGCUGAAGAGUUUGUGCACAACAUUGACACGGAGAACUUAGAGAAAUCAUCCAAAGAUUACUUGAGUGAUCUAGUCAAUAGAAGCCUUCUGAUGGUUUCUAAAAGGAGAUCUAAUGGUGAUAUAAAAUACUGCAUGGUUCAUGAUCUAGUGCGUGAGUUUUGCUCAAGUAAACUUAAAGAAGUAGAGUUUACACAGCGCGUUGUGCCAUACAACUCAUCCCAACCUUCAUAUCCAAACAAUCCUCGGUUAUGCAUGUAUAUCCAUGACCAGCUUGUUAAGCAAUUGGAGCUGCAUGGAUAUUCAGUGGAUGAGAUUCCAAUGGUGAGCUCCAAAGAAAAGGAGUCUUUAGAGUUUAUCGCUCAUCCGCGAUUCUAUUCAUCAGGAUGUAUGGAUCUUUUCUCUUUACUUACUAAUUUGAGGCUUAUUAGGGUGUUGCAUUUGUUGGAUAUCAAUUCAGAAAGUGCUUGGGAAUUUCAAAGUUCUCCGGCUUCCAAACUAGAAAAACUCACUCACUUGAAAUACCUUGCAAUUUUUGUCAAAAAAUUUGAUUUCAAGUGGGUUUCACACAUGCGUGAUCUACAAACUUUACGUGUGCAGUCACAUCAGCGUAUAAAGACAUCACCGGAUAUUUGGAAAAUGAAGAAGCUAAGGCAUGUGGAUAUUAGUGAAUUUUCCUUUAUCUGGGAGGACAGUGAUCAAGAAGAAUCUUCACAAAAUGUGUUAGAGAACUUAAAGACUUUUGGCAUGUGUCGUGUAUCUGUGGCUGAUAUGAAUCGGAAGUUCUGGUGGAGGUUUCCGAAUCUCGAAGAACUCAGGCUCUCCAUUGUUAAUUUUCAUGGCAUGCCCAAUCAUUCUCUGUUUCCUACACCGGAAAUUCAUAACCGACUUCAAUCUCUUGAAAUAAGUUUCCCGAUUGGAUUCUCCAAAUCAAUUGGAUGGUUCAAAUCAGUCUUCCCUUUGAAUCUCAAGGUUUUAUCACUUGCUGGCAUCUCACUAACCGAAGAAAUAGUUUCAAGUAUUGCAGCACUGGAAAAACUUGAGACUCUCAAGUUAUUUUUUAUACACUUCACCUGUGAUCCGCAAUGGGACGUCACAGAUCAUGAGUUCAAAGCACUGAAAUACUUGAAAUUAGAGCUAGCGGAUAUGAAUCAAUGGGAGUCCUCCGAGAAAUCGUUUCCCGUGCUUGAGAAACUAGUCAUAAAAGAUUGUGAACAGCUUGAGGAGAUUCCUUCUAGCUUUGUGGAUAUUCUAUCGCUAAAAUUGAUUAAAGUGAUCAACUGUAGUGACUCAGUCGGGAAUUCAGCAUGGGAAAUUAAAGAAGAGGUAGAAAACAACCAAGCAAGUGACAGACUCCAAGUUCAUAUCCCGAAGAAUUACUAAAGAUGGUUGCUCUUUUCUUCACAAACUCGGAGGAAUUGACUCUUCUCUUUACAAAUAGAAGGCCUCUCAAUAAGUCCUCAAACCUAGAGAAACACCUUCGAUGGAGUGCAUAUAUUCGCCUUUUACAUUCAGGUGUGAUUUACUGAUUUUGUGCUAGACAUAGAGCAUUGUGAAGUGAGUCUUCUAAGAAAAGUGUUUGCGGAUAAACAGUUGAACAUACAAGGGGGUAUCUUAUGAGGUUGAUGGCAAGUUUGAACAUGCUUUCGGAGGACUCCUAAUUUUGUCUAUUCCAGAAAAUGGUCGCAAGGAGGGUUUAACACAUUCAGAAUUUGAACUUUAUGGAUUUUAAAUUCUAGGAUAGACGACAUCAUAUGUUAGCAAUUAAGAGUCGUGAAUUUAAUUUUUGUAUGUAUUUAGUGAGUUUCUUAAUUAUAAAUAUAGGAUUUGAAGUUUUGAACUAAAAUAA